AUUCUCAAACUGUCGAUUGGGGCCCAGAAGAAAACGAAAACAAAAGUGAGCCCAUUGAAUCAUUGAUGACGACUACACCAAAGUUAGAUGGUCUAGGCCCAGAACAGAGACCCAGUAAACGUUAAUUUAGAGUGUAUAAAUUAAAACCCUAUCUACUGUCCAAUUCUGAACCCUGAAUCCUAAAUCUUCAAACUCUCUCUACGCCUCCAGUAUGAUUGUCUAUCUGCAACCAAUAUCCGAUCUCGACCUGAACCCUGCCCAACUGAAAACUCUACGUACUAAACUCAAGCACCUCAUCCGGCAAGGUCGCUAUGUCGAGUUUGAAUCAUCAUCACGGAAGUUGUUGGCAAAACAUGGAUUAAUUAGGAGCAAAGGAGAAGCACCGAAUGCUCCUGACAACAGCCACCGUGGCUGCGGCCGUAGCGCAACUGGUGAAGGUUUAACUGACAGUCCUCCUUUACCAAAGGGCCAUGGUUAUAUUUCUUUGGGAACCAUGGUGGAUAAGCAUGGUAAUGUCUCUGAAAUACCUUCUAGCCGUUCUGCUCUCAUGUAUUGUGGUCUUUGUUGUAAAGAAGGAGACCACUGGACACGAAAUUGUCCAGACUGGCAUCGACCAGAACCAGAACCAGCAUCUGCUGUUCAGACCAAGAGAAAAGAAUCAAAAUCAGUUGUUCAGACACAGAGAAAGAAAAAAUCAAAAUCCGCUGCUGGCACCAACAACAGCUCAUAUGAGACCAAAGAAUGAUGAGAACUGUCCGUCUUUGUGAGCCAUGUUUUCUGAGAAGACUACUGGUGCGAAGAGAACAAUUAGUCUUUUAAACUGUCUUUAAAUGUCAUAUGCAUAGUGGGAAACUUGUUUACUUUACUGUCAUUAUAACUAGGAAAGUGUUGUCGUGUUUUUUUGUUCAUUUUUUAAGGAUUUUGUCCGUCAACAGUUAAAAUAAUGAUGGGAUUGCGGUCUCCGAUUGACUUGCAUGCAGUUGAAAGUUUUUGUGAAAAGGUCGUCUUUUUUGGUGGGGAAAUUAUUUCCAAAGCCAUCGAUGAGAUGGUGGUGAAAUUUUUAGAAAAAUCUGUGAAGGGACUCUUGGCCUGAGGGAGGGUAAUGCAUCAAGCCAUAAAUUGUUCUGUUUUGACAGGGUAGCUAAUCUAUGGAUUUAACCGAGUGAUUUUAUGCUUGGACUGUGUUUUAUUAUGUCUUUGGAACGUACUGCUCCUAAAAGCUUCUCAAAGUGACUUUGAUACCAGAAAUCAAAGGCAACAAUGAUGUGUGUACAAGGUACCAGAUUACAUGACCAACAUUACGACAGAAUCUGUUCAUUCAGACAGUUUGAUAUGUGAUAGAAUUGUAAGGAAGAUUGAAGAAGAUGAUGAAAAAACCAGAAAAGAGAGAGAGCUUCGUAUAUUGAUGCAGAGAGAAUACAACUUGCACACAAUACAUCAGACUUGUUUUUCUACUUGUACAUAUUCUUAAUAUGAGUAACUUUCCAUUUUUACCCUUAGCAUCCCCCCUCAAGCUGAUGGUAGGAAACUAACAUCAGAUUGCAACAAUAAUAAAAUGUUGUGAUUAUAAUAGAAGUGAAGAUUCUUGCUUCAGCCAGGAGGAAUGAGUGGUAGUAACUGAGAAGGAUUGUCAUGUGGCCAACGUAGACAUAUACUUGGUUGAGAGGCUUUCCUUAGCUUGAAGUUCUGAAGAAGAUGGUAAUUGAAAAUCAUAGUGAUGCCUAUGAAAACAUUAUGCAGCACUGUGGCCCCUCUUGAAGCAAAUCUGACAUUGUAAAGAAGAACCAAUAGCAACAGCUUGCCUAGGAGCAAAUCUUUGGGGGCAACUUUUAGCAAUAUGACCAAAUUGUGAGCAUAUUUGACAAUUAUCACCAGGGAAAGUAACACUCUGAUGACGAACUCCACCAGAAAAAUCAUAGACAUGACAACCAUUUGAAUUCCUCAAGUCUUUGGACUUCACAGAGCCAAUUGAGAUUGUUGAAAAUACCACCAGUGUUGUAGCAAUUUGAGUUUCCACAACGAUUACUAAAUCCUCUAGAUUGCACAGAACCGACAUCUAACUUCCUAUAUGCAUAGCAAUUAUAAUUUCGAUAUGGUCCAUGAGGAAAGUUAUGAUAGUACCUGCCACCACCUUUACCUUGAUUCCUUGGAUGAAAAUAUCUUGUGAGAACCAUGUUGUACAAUCCUUGAGUAUGUGCACUGACAUGAUGGGAUUUAGAAAGCUGACAACCUUGGUUUCUUGUAGCUGUAGGAGUCAUUGGAGCAGAGGCAAUGAUAUUUUGUUCUUGAUCAAGAGAGUCUUGGUUUCUUGUAGCUGUUGAAGUAAUUGGAGCAGAGGCAAUAAUCUUCUGUUCUCGAUCAAGAUCAGCUUCAACAUCUAAGAGUAGUGUACGAAGUUCUGGUAAAGAUGUAGAUGAUUCCUUAGUACGAAUGAUCAAUCUGGUAGUUGCAUAUUCAGCAGGGAGCCCAUUCAAGAUCAAACUCACUAUUUCAUCAUCGUGAAUAAGAAUUCCAGCUACAAAGAGUUUGUCCCGAAUAGUUUUAAAGCGUUCCAUAUACUUGUCAAUACUAUCAUUACCUUUCCGGAUUUUCUGCAUGGAGGUCUUUAAACUUUGAAAGUUUAGCAUAUCUAUCUUCAAGGGAAUACCAAACUUCUUUUGAGGUUUUACUCCCAACAAUGAAUGAAAGAGCUGAAGAUGACAAAGUACCAGCUAGUAGAGCCAUUACGGCAGAGUCAUGCUUCCUCCAGUCCUUAUACUCUUGUGUAAGCUCAUGGGUAAUUCCAGCCUCUUGUGAAGGACAAGGGAUAGACCCAUCAAUAUAUCCCAUUAGAUCACACCCUACCAACAUUGACUCGAGCAUAAAUCGCCAAGUUACGUAAUUAGUGUCAUCUAGCUGAAAAGUGAUAAUAUUCGAGAAGUUGGAAAGGAGAUAACUGUCCAACUGAUUGCUAUUCAUGAUCCUUGUAGUACCAAAUUCUUCUUCACAAGAAACCAAAUGCAAACUCACCCAAAUUUUCUUCACCCAACUGUAGCAGAGACUCUUGCUUAUCCAAUACAAUUGCAGAAAUCACCCAAAUACUAAUUCUGCAUAUAUAGUCUAGCUUCUCCCAGCAACAAC